AUGCAGAUCUUCGUGAAGACACUCACCAGCAAGAUCAUCACGCUUGAGGUCGAGUCCUCUGACACAGUCGACAAUGUGAAGGCGAUAUUCCAGGAUAAGGAGGGUAUCCCGGUGGACCGGCAGCGCCUCAUUUUUGCUCGCAAGCAGCUUGAGGAUGGUCGGACACUUGGUGAUUACAAUAUACAGAAGGAGUCCACCCUCCACCUGGUGCUCAGGCUCAGGGCUGAUAUGCAUUUCUUUGUGAUGACACUCACUGGCAAGAUCAUCAUGUUUGAUCUGUUCUCCGACACAAUUGAUAAUGCAAGGCGAAGAUCCAGGAUAAGGAGGGUGUCCCGCCGGACCAGCAGGGCCUCAUCUUUGUUGGCAAGCAACUGGAAGAUGGCCGGACCCUGGCCGAAUAUAACAUCCAGAAGGAGUCGACACUCUACCUUGUGCUGA